GGGCAAGGCCCCGGGCCCUGGGCAGCCUCCGGGUGCAGUGCCCUCCCUUGGGCUGCACCCUUUCCUCUUCCCUGGGGCAUGUCUCUACUUACAAAUUAUGAGGGGCUUCGGCAUCAGAUUGAGAGGCUGGUGCGGGAAAAUGAAGAACUGAAGAAGCUGGUUCGCCUCAUCCGGGAGAAUCACGAGCUCAAGUCUGCGAUCAAGACUCAGGCAGGUGGCCUCGGCAUCGGCGGGCUUUGUGAGGCAGCGGCAGGCCCUUCCCAACAGGGUGCUUUCCUGUCUCCGUCUCCUGCAGCAGCAAAGGACCCCAGGGCAGAAGACAUGGGGAUGGUGACACUGGCACCUCUGGCUGACAUGUUGAAUACCCCACAGCUCAAUCCUGCAGCAGGCUCCCUUGUGAACCCCUUAGCUGCUCCUCUCAACCCACUGCUAUCUGGCCAAUUGCCCUUGUCGCAAAACAACCAGUUUGCCAAUUUUGUGCCAUGCCCCAUUAGCAACCAACUGACCAGUCCCAUUGCGUUUCCCUCGGGGGUCACCUUGGCCAGCUCUCUGGGUUUAUCCUCGACUGGACCCCUGAAUAGUCAAAUGACCAGCCCCAUGGCUGUUCCCCCGGGGACCACUCUGGCCAGCUCACUGGGUUUGAACUCAACUGGUUCCCUGACAGCCAACAGCCGGUUGGUAGGCCCUCCGGCUGUAUCUCAGAGCGGCCCCAUCACGGCUCCCCUGGCAGGCACAAUGGCAGUCUCUCUGAGUAGCCCCCUGGUCUCCUCCACUGCCCCUCUAGGUGUUUCUCAGAACAUACUGCCCAAUCCCAUAAACAACGUAGGGCUGUCAGAGGCGCCAAGGGUGCGGCUGACAGAGCCAACCCGAGGAAACCUCUCUGGAACCUCAGCAGGACCAGCUCCCGCCUCCAAAGCCAAUGAUGCCCGGGCUUCACGCGUGGCAGAACAGUCUCGGAAGAAUGCCCCAGAGACGGAGCGGAAGGCGACCUCCCGAAAGUCUAACAAGUUACCUGACAGCUGCCGAGACUCAAAACAACUAGCCCGCGAGAGGCUAGUAGGGGAGAUCGCCUUCCAGCUAGACCGAAGAAUCCUGUCCAGCAUCUUCCCAGAGCGUGUGCGUCUCUAUGGCUUCACUGUCUCCAACAUUCCAGAGAAGAUCAUCCAGGCCUCCCUAAACCCCAGUAGCCACAAGUUGGAUGAGGACCUAUGCCAGACACUCACACAGCGUUGUGUGAGCAUCAUGAACAGGCUGCAGAGCCUAGGCUACAACGGACGGGUGCAUCCAGCACUGACAGAGCAGCUGGUGAACGCAUACGGCAUCUUGCGUGAGAGGCCUGAGCUGGCAGCAUCUGAAGGUGGUACCUACAGUGUGGACUUCUUGCAGCGUGUGCUGGUGGAGACUGUGCACCCCAGCAUGCUCACCGACGCCCUCCUGCUGCUCUCCUGCCUCAACCAGCUGUCCCAUGAUGAUGGCAAGCCUAUGUUCAUCUGGUAACACCGGUGCCCGGCUGGCCCAGGCUCACUUCGCCCUGCAGGCCAUUAUGCGUGGCCAUUAAAGUUUCCCACAGACACUGA